AUGAGUCAAUAUGAAGUAGUACUUUGGCUCUUAUUUUUAAUAAUGCUCAUUUUCACUUCUCAAGCGUCUCUUUCGGAUUUUUUUAUUAUUGGAAGUUUAGUAUUUGGCGGUUGUUGUAGCAAUGUGAUCGCGCUGGAGUUCUUGGUCGGUGAUGCGCCUAAAAGCGGAAACUUGAUCACAUUAGCACAAUUCACUUUCGUCGCACUAGAAGGUCUUCGACACCAUCUAAAAUUCACAUCCGACUCAUGGAUUCCAACACUGAAACCACGUAUUGUCCCAUUAUUUAAUUGGUCAUUACUGGUAGCGAUGUUUUUCAUAGUGUCAGUUUUGAAUAAUAUCGCAUUGGGAUUUAGAAUUUCUGUACCAUUACAUAUCAUUUUUCGGAGUGGUGGUUUGAUUGUCAGUAUGUUGCUUGGAUGGGCUGUAAUCGUCAAACAAGUCAUUGCCGUUGUUAUGGUUACUGCUGGAGUGUUUCUGUCUACUUUUAGUGCUGCGAAUAGUAACAGUAGCAGUGGUGGGAAUAAUGAAAAGGGACAAAAUUCGGUUAACACUAGUGAUUAUGUUAUUGGAAUAGCUUUACUUUCGAUUGCGCUAAUAUUAUCAUGUAUCAUGGGACUAUAUCAAGAAAUGACAUAUUCAAAGCAUGGUAGUGAUUGGCGGGAGGGUUUAUUUUAUACACAUUUUCUGGCGCUUCCGAUGUUUUUAAUUUUCUAUUCAGAUAUCAAACAUCAAGUAUACUUAUUCAAUAGCACGGAACGAGUUUCUUUGUCAAUUGCAUUUGAUUCUAUAUCAGGUGGUUCAAUUCUAGUCCCUGAAACUAUACGAACCAUUAUCGGAGAUUAUAAAGUCCCAAUAUUGUGGUUAUUUCUGAUUCUUAACGUGUUAACUCAAUAUGUAUGUGUAUCUGGCGUUCAUCGCCUGAACUCUAGAUCAACAGCACUCACAUUGAAUUUAGUACUGAACCUUCGCAAAUUUACAUCGCUCAUGAUUUCUGUUUGGUACUUCGACAACGAAUUCACAAUUGGAAUGAUGAUUGGUGGAAUUUUGGUAUUUCUUGGUACAUUUUUGUAUUCUAUUAGUAGUUCAAGAUCCACGAAAGCUAAAGAACUCGUGAAUACAGAUGAAGACGUAUUGUUGGAAACAACUAAAAAAAUAAAUUAA